CCGCGCGUCACUCGCUGUACACCACACAGAUACACACCUGUGGGUUUAUACAUUGACCGUGUGCGGUUCGCCUUACAUCUCUGAGCAGUCUGUAUUCGGUUAUAAUUGUUAUGGAUCCAAAAUAUUAAAGUGUCGCGUUUGAUUGAAUGUAAAUCGACGUGAAAACAUCCCAAGGUUGUGUUUAAUUAAUUGUAACGUACUAAAUUUCUGUAUUCGGUAUAAAAAGGACAAUAAUAAACAUUGGACUUGGCGUCGAAUGUUUUUAAGCAUUUUUUUGUUUUAUUUAUAUUCUGAGUUAAAAUGAACAUUUUUCAACUUAAAUUAUGACUACGGACGACAAUGUUAUCAUGUGAGUAAAGUAAAAAUCUUAAACAAAAAUGUUUUACAAUAUAAAGUGACUGAAGUGCAAAAGUUUGUGACUGAGGUAAUAUUCAUUUAUAAAGUGACAUCAUUGUAAUGUACCUGAAAAUGUACAUAAAAUCGGAGAGAUUUUACCAGCAGCCUGACAGCCAGCCUCUGAAACACGAGGACCGCUUCUACACUGACUAUGAUGAAGAACUUGAUGAACGUGAGGGCGGAGGCGGGGGCGCAGCGCGUCGUUGUGCGCGCGAUGCGUCGUCGCCGGCGCAGGCGCACGCGCCGCCCGCGCCGUCCGCCGCGCACACAGCGCAUACUACACACACAGUUAAGAGUGAGAGACUCAGCCCGCACGACUCGAACGCAUCCAGAUCUCGUAGCGUGACUCCGUCGACCUCCUCAUACCCGGGUACUCCUCCGGAGCGUGGCAGCCCCCAGGCGCCCACGCCGGUCCCCGCACAUCCCCCGAGGAACUACUCGGACAUCAUGCGCUCACUGGCGGCGAGGUACAACACGCAUCCCAACAACGACUAUUUCCAUCGCACUAACGGUUUCGGAGUCGAACGUCCAACACCAGUUCCUACUGAUAUUAGUGAUGUACCGGUCGGAGGGUUGUUCGCGAAGCUUGCCAAGCAGCAGGGUGGCCCGCCGAGGCUACCAGCAUUCCCCGUCAUGUUAGACAUGAGCUCCACCAAGACUCUCCUGGCUUUAUCGAGGGUGGGCCGUGGUGGUAGGUCUCGUCGUAAGCGUGUAGGUGUGACAACCGCGGAACACUCACCGUUGGAUCUCUCCGCGGCCGGGGAGAGCGCCGCCAAGAGGGCCAGACUCUCCGCCAGCCCCAGUACAAGGAGCGACGGUGAUGACAGAGACAGAGUCUCCAAUGAAGAUCGUGGUGAAGCACGCGAGUGUCUGUGCUCGGAGGCGCGCGCUCGGCUCGCGGCCCUCACGGUCGAUGACGUGUGCGACUUCGUAGCAUCCAUCGACAUAUGCGCUGAAUACGCAUCGAAUUUCCGCGAUCAGAGAAUAGAUGGGUCGGGAUUGCCGCUGCUUACAGAGGAGCAUCUCACCGGGAUGUUGCAAAUGAAGUUGGGACCAGCUCUGAAACUUAGAGCAGUGGUGGCAAGGCGGUUGGAACCUUGCGCACAGUGCGUCGCGGCGGCUGCCUUGACCGCGACCACGGCCACAGCGACAACAGCGCCCACGACGACCACCGCUCCCAAAGUUAACGGAUCGUCACUCAAAACAGAACCCAGAAGUAACACAACCAGUCCCAGUUAGUUUUAAUUCAUAUGUAGCUAAUAUAUAGUUUGUUUCAUAUAGUUUGAUACAGGUUGUAUAUUUUUAUGAAACAUAGCCUUAGAGUAUAUUGCGUGUUACGUGCGGCGGUAGUUUGUUGAUGUAUAGAAAUAUGUUGGUGCUUCUAUUAUGUUUUAGAACAUCUCAUAGUGUCGAAUUUUAAUUUACGCAUAAUUUUAUAUAGCAAUUUACUAUCGCAUAGGAAAAUAUUUUGUCAUUAUAGAGCCAACGCAAGUUUCACUACGCUUUAGUUACGAUUUAAAGAACUCAAUGGGUAGAUGUCCAGCGUAACUUGAACUACAUUUAACUGAUGUUGUUCUUUUGAACCUAAUUUGUGUUUGUAUAUUUAAUUCUUUAAUAAAAUGUAAUUAAUGAUGAGAUAAUCACUAUCGAUCAAUCACUUUGAUGAUAAUUAUAUUGCUGUAUAUGACAUGGCGUAACAAAAUUUUAGUGUCAAUUUCAUAGUCUUCCUGUUUAUAUAAUUUUUGCAUUUAGUUUCAUUUAAGACGCUUUAGUUUAUAAUGAAUAGUGUAUAAGAAUUAUGUAAAUAAUAAUGUUGCCGUCCAUAAAGUGUUGUGUCCUUAAAACGUAAAGGUUUUUUGUAUGUCCAUACAGAAUUCCCGGUAGAGUUAUAUAAAUUUCGGUGCUAAAAGACCCUAAUAGAAUAUUUUAUAUCUACUUGUAAUUAUAGAACAUAUUCUGUAAAUAAUAUGGCCUUUUUUUAUGUAAAGAAAUCAUUUGAAAGUUAUCGAGGCUAACUUACAUAUGUACGUCUUAUUAUUAUUACAGGGUCACAAUGUUACAAAAUGUCUGUAUAUAAAUAUAUACAUAUAUGUAUACGUGUAUACAAUUAUAUUAUUGUAACUAUAUCAUAUAGAUAGCAUUUAUUCUCAUCACACCUGAAGAAAGCUCAUUAAUGGUAUUACAGUCCAAAGCGGUUUUUAUAUUUGAAAUAGAGAUCGCUGAAGUCUGUAUGUUUGUAUGUGUAUUACACUAUAUAUCGACUCGUCAUAAUAAAAUGUUGGAUCGCUAUCGUAAGGAUUGUAAAUACGGACGUACGACAUUUAAAAAUCAUUGUAAUGAUAAUAAUAAUUUUAAUCCUGUAAGUAGAUUAUUGCGACAAUAUUAUAGUUGGUUUAACAUCCGUUCUGUGGUAAUCUCCUUAACUGCCAAAAUAGUAUAUUUUUUGAACGAUAUACAUAUUUCGAAAUGGUAAUAUUUAUAAUUGUAUGCUUGAAUUAUUUAAAUUUAAAUUUGAUUUGUAUUUUUUGUUUCUGUAAGUAUUCUAUAUAUUUUUCAUCCAAUAGUUAUCAUUAAGUGAACCGAGGUGCUAAUGAAUAGUUACAGGUGAAAUAUAUUUCGUGCCUUAUUCGAUGUCUUCCCGACUAAACAUUUAUAAGAUUAUAUAUAUAAUAAAAUAUAAUUUGUUUUUUUCAAAAGUAUUACGGUUGUACGCUUUAAAUCGGACGAUGAUAAUACUAUAAUUAAAACAUUAAGAAUUAUAACGAAUUUGUCGAUUAAUAAUAUUUUAUUAUUAAGACAAUAUUAUAUCCAUCAGUUACUAACGGACCAGUGACUUAUGUACCUAGCGAUUGUAUUCUGUAUGAGUGAUGUCAUAAGUUAUGAAGCAUUCCUCCAAAAGUCUAUGCAACUCGAAAGAUCGAAGCUAAUUUUUACGAUAGUAAUAAUAUGGACAUGUCGUAGAAUGACUCGGACUGUAUUAGCACAUGUAAAUAACUGUUUUGUUUAAAAACUUCUACCCAACUCAUGUUACGACAUGUCCAUUAUAUUACUUCUGCCAAUCGUGUAUGAAUCCGAGUCAUGGUGGGAAGCUUAUUUAACAAAUUCUGUCUAUAUCUCUCCGGCUUCCGAAUGUAUUUCCAUCCGCUGUCGAUGUGUCCGCGUGUCUGUGUUCGUUGUGGACUAUAAUGUAUGAUGUGGUUUUAGUCACUUGUUAAUUUCCUUUCAUAUAACUAAGUACUUAGUUUAGUUUUAGGCUUGAUUAGAUAUAAUACGGAUGAGACAUUGUUCCGACCUUAAGUAUUUAUGUGGAAGAGAAUAAAACGAAUGAUUUAUUCAAA